UUCCCUUUUUUUGAUAAGAAAUAAAGUUUUAGAAACUUAAAAAAAAAAAGUGCUUUGAAUAGUCCUUUUGUUCUUUGUUUCUUGAGAAUUUACUCGACUCCUUUGCGUCGGCAAGAGUAAUUAAUCUAUAUAUUUUAUAAUGUCUGUUGUAGGUAUUGAUUUUGGAAAUCUUAGUUCCAAGAUUGCGGUAGCACGUAAUCGUGGGAUUGAUGUAAUUUGCAAUGAAGUUUCGAACCGAGCCACUCCAUCUUUAGUAUCUUUUGGUCCUAAAAAAAGAUAUUUGGGCGAAGCGGCCAAGACUCAAGAAAUUUCAAAUUUCAAAAAUACAGUAGGUUCUUUAAAACGGCUUGCCGGUCGCACUUUUCAGGAUAAAGAAAUUCAAGAGAUCGAAAAAGAAUAUAUUAAUGCAGAAUUGGUAAAUGAGAAAGGACAACUUGGUGUUAAGGUCCAAUACCUUGGCGAAGAUCGUGUUUUCACCGGUACACAAUUAAUUACCAUGUAUUUUACUAAACUCAGAGAAAUCGCUUCUGUCGAACUUAAAAUCCCGGUAUCUGAUGUUGUAAUCUCUGUUCCUGGCUGGUUUACUGAUGUUCAACGAAGAAGUAUUCUUGACGCAGCCGAAAUUAGCGGUUUAAACUGUUUACGUUUGAUGAAUGAUACAACUGCUUCCGCAUUAGGUUAUGGUAUUACAAAGACAGAUUUACCAGAGGAUAAACCUCGUAAUGUCGUUUUUGUUGAUAUCGGGCACUCAGGUUAUAGUGUAGCAGUUGUUUCCUUUAUUAAAGGACAAUUGACAAUCAAAUCCACUGCAUAUGAUCGACAUUUUGGAGGACGUGAUUUUGAUCAAGUAUUAGUUAAUCAUUUUGCCGAAGUAUUUAAGGAAAAAUACAAGAUUGAUAUUAAAUCAAAUUCAAAAGCACUUUUCCGUCUUCGUACAGCAGUAGAAAAAUUAAAGAAAGUUUUAUCAGCCAAUUCACAGGCUCCUAUUAACGUAGAAUCAAUCAUGAAUGAUGUUGAUGUAAGUGCUAUUAUGUCUCGGCAAGAAUUUGAGGAAUUAUCAGAACAUCUUAUUAGUAGGGUUGAAAGUCCUCUUAUACAAGCAUUGCAGGAAUCAGGACUCAAAAUGGAAGAAAUUCAUUCUGUUGAAGUAAUAGGUGGCUCAACACGUAUUCCAGCUUUAAAGGAACGUAUAUCAAAAUUUUUUGGCAAGGAAUUAAAUUUUACACUUAAUCAAGAUGAAGCUGUUUCACGUGGUUGCGCACUUCAAUGUGCUGUUUUAUCACCUGUAUUUAAAGUUCGAGAAUUUUCAGUUCAAGAUGUUACUCAUUACCCAAUUAAGAUUAAAUGGGAAAAUAUUCCUGAAAUUCCAGACGAGGAAUCGGAGCUUGUUGUGUUCCCAAAGAACAAUAGCAUCCCUUCGACUAAGAUUUUAACAUUUCAUCGUAAACAACCGUUUGAUAUUGAAGCCCAUUAUGCAGAACCUGAUAAAAUUCCCGCAGGAAUUAAUUCUUGGAUCGGCAGAUUUUCGAUAAAGGAAGUAGUACCAACCGAUUCGGGCGAUCUGAGCAUUAUUAAGGUGAAAGCCAGACUUAAUGUACAUGGUGUUUUGUCCGUAGAAAGUGCUCACGUUGUUGAAGAGGUAAUUAAAGAAGAAAAAGAAGAACCGCCAAAGCAGGAAAAGCAGGAGAAGCAGGAGAAGCAGGAGAAGCAAGAAGAACAGCCAAAAUCAGAUGAACCGGUGCCAAUGGAAACAGAUAAUAAACCUGAGGGACAACAGACACAACCAAAACCACAAAGUCCGGCAACAAAGAAAGUUAAAAAGCUUGUCAAAAAAAAUGAUUUACCACUGGUAUCUGGUGUAGGAUCAUUAGACAAGACAAUAAUCGCACAAUUAAAGGAAAUAGAAGGUCAAAUGAUUGCAACUGAUAAACUUGUUGCUGACACUGAAACUCAAAAGAACGCUCUCGAGGAAUAUGUAUACGAUAUGCGAGGAAAAUUGGAUGCUACAUAUCAGGAAUUUGUUAAUCCAGCUGAUAAGGAUACAUUCAUUAAUCUUUUGAAUGAUACUGAAAAUUGGCUUUAUGAUGAAGGAGAAGAUGCAACAAAAUCUACAUAUAUGGAAAAGUUGGAUGGAUUGAAGAAAUAUGGUAAUCCUAUUGUAGAACGAUAUCGUGAAGCCGAAGAACGUCCUAGAGCUGAAAAAUCAUUACGUGAUAACAUACAACAUUUUAUUCUCAGCGCUUCAAGUAAUGAUGAAAGGUUUAAUCAUAUUCCUGAUGAAGAAAAGAAGAGUGUUGUAGAAAAGGCUACAAAAACCUCAGAAUGGUUAAAUGAGAAACUGGCAGCUCAAACCAAUGUACCAAAAUACGAGACACCUGUAGUGUUCGUUCGUGAGAUUUUAAAAGAACGGGAGAAUUUAGUACAUUUCGCGUCACCAAUUUUAUCAAAACCUAAGCCCAAACCUGAACCUAAACCAGAAGAAACACCAGCUCCCACAACUGCUGAUAAACAAAAUUCAGAUACGCCCAAACCAGAAGGAACUACUACCGAAGAUUCAGCAAAGGUAGAAAAUGAAGAGACAAAAGAAAAGAAAGAUGAAAAGACAGAUGAAAAUACAAAUGAAAAUGCUACCAAUAAAGAUCAAAGCGAGAUGGAUGUAGACUAAAUUUAUUUUUGUUUCUUAAUUAGAAGGGAUAACUGAACCUUUUUUUUUACACUUGUGCUAGAUUAUAAUAUAUUUAUUUAGAAAAAAAAACCAGAAAAUAACAAUUAUUAUGUAAUUACCAACGUAUUAUAUUGGCAUUUUGCGAAUCGAUAUUGCAAACAAUAAAGAAAUAGAGUAAAAAGAAAUUUCAUUAA